ACUUAUCUAAAAGUAUUCCUACUUUUUCAGUGUUUUUGGUAAAUGUAUGGAAAAUUUGCGUGCUAGGAUGAUUCUAAGACUAAUCAAUUCAGCCUCGGAAGAAAAACUAAAAAAGUUAGUAGCUCAGCCGUCGUUUCUAUGCUGCCAAAUUUUCAAUGAAGACCUCGUUGGAGUACACAACCAACAGAUCAACAUAACUCUCAAUAAACCCAUCUAUGCCGGACAAGCUAUUUUAGACCUUUCAAAGAGACUGAUGUAUGAAUUCCAUUACAAGGUGAUGAAGCCUCAGUACGGUGACAAGAUCAACUUGCUGUUUACAGAUACAGAUUCGUUGUGUUAUGAGAUUCUGACUGAUGAUGUAUAUGAAGACAUGAAACCUAUCAAAGACCUAUUCGAUACCUCCAACUACGGCUCAUUCAACAAAACGAAACAUCUCUUUUCCAGCAAAUAUAAGAAAGUCGUUGGGAAAUUUAAAGAUGAGCUUGGUGGUGUUCCUUUAAAAGAAUUCGUUGGCUUGAGACCUAAAAUGUACAGCCUUUUGUAUAACCAGACCUCUACAGAAGGUAUCACAUGCGAAAAGGAAAAAAAAGUGGCGAAAGGCAUUUCAAAAACUGAAAUAAAAACAAGACUCUCCGACAUGAAAUGUAUAAGAAAUGUUUAA